UAACAAUGCUGCUUUCUCUCUCUAACUCGUGAACAAGAAAUGCACUCAACUACACUCUUUUCUUCUCGAAGAUCUUCCUUGUGCUACUGAUGAUUGGAUCAGCAGAAAAUAGUAAUGCAUGUAGGUCUGUGCAAACUGUAAAAUCCUGCAAAUUUUAACUUUGAGGUGUUUAUCAAUUUCUGCAUAUAUAUAUAUGUGCAAAUUUGGUAAUAGUGUGUGAAGUGUUGUUACAUUUGGGUGUAUAGAAUCAAGAAUACUUGCUUGGGCAUAUUGGAAAUUUAAACAAGUGUUUGUUGAUAAAGUUAAGAAAUGGGGUGUGUAGAAUCAAAAAUUGAUAAAGAAGAGAGGGUGAGGAAUUGUAAGGAGAGAAAAAGGUUGAUGAAACAUCUUUUGGGGUUUAGGAGAGAGUUUGCUGAAGCCCAAUUAGCAUAUUUGAGAGCACUGAAAAAUACAGGAGUGACAUUAAGGCAAUUUACUGAAUCAGAGACACUGGAACUUGAGGACACCAAUUUUCGAGUUGCAUUGCCACCCUCGCCUCCACCCCCAUUACCGCCUUCACCUCCACCUCCACCCCCGCCAAAUUUUAGCCCUGAUUUGAGAAAAACAUCUGAUAAACAAGGAUCGGCAUCUGUACAAGAGGAUGUCAUAGAGAUAGAUGAUGAUGAUAGUCACACCCCGCCUCCACCUCCAGUAACUACGAGUGAUUGGGAAUAUUGGAAUCUUUUUUCUUCUCCAUAUCCGCAAUGUGGUGAGCGGAGAGACACGAUUGAGCAAGGGGAGGAGGAGAAUUGGGAAGAGACAAACACUGAAUUCAUUGAAGAAGAUGAGGACAAGGGUAUUGUUGAUGAUGGUGUUGUGGAUAUGGAUCCUGAGAAACAGCAAACUGUUGAAUUAGUUGAUGAUAAUUCGUCGAUGGCAAGCUGGUAUGACAAAGGCACUUCAGAUAUGGCCAUAGUUGUCUCCAGAAGCAGUAAAACUUUGGCUGGUAUAUUCCGGGAUUUGGAUGAUUAUUUCUUGAAAGCAUCAGCUGGUGUAAAGGAUGUAGCUGUUCUUAUUGACGUCCACAUGGGAGAUGGUUUCCUUUAUCAGAGUAUCAAAGAGCAAAAGAGGAAGAGGCACAAUUCUGCAAAGGCCUCAAGUGCAUUCACUUGGGGUUGGUCUUUUAAGUCAAUUAAUUCUACCAGAGACGCUGGAGAUUUUUUGGGCCCUUCUGAACCUUGCAAACCUGGAUCACACUGUGUAACUCUGGAAAAGAUAUAUACUGAGGAGCAGAAACUGUACAAGGAAGUUAAGGAAGAAGAGAACACCAAGGCAGAACUUGAAAAGAAGUCAUUGUUGCUCCAGAAACAAGAGGAAGAAAUUCAUGACUUGGCCAAGACAGAGAAAAUCCGGUUAAGGGUUGAAAGUUUAGAGUCUCACAUCUCAUUGCUACAACAAUCAAUCAGCAAAUCCUGUUCAACAAUAGUGAAGCUCAUAGAUGCGGAGUUGCACCCUCAGCUGGUUGCAAUAGCUUCAGGGUUAAGGCACAUGUGGCAAACUAUGUGUGAGUGCCAUAAAGUGCAGAACCUUUUAUCACAGCAGCUAAAUCAUCUAACAAGCCAACAAAGCAUCGACUGUACUUCUGAGUAUCGCAGGCAGGCUGCGAUUCAGCUGAAAACCGAGGUCACUUCAUGGUAUAAUAGUCUUUGCAGAGUCAUUACUUCUCAGCAUGAAUAUGUAAAGACCCUCUGCAGUUGGAUCCAACUCACCAAUUGCCUCAGAGAUGGUGAUCAACCGAGUCGUUUUUCAUCAGUGGUGCAUUCGCUUUCUGAAGAGUGGCUAACAGCACUUGAAAAGUUGCCCGAUAAGAUGGCAUCAGAAGCCAUUAAGAAUUUCCUGUCGGUUAUCCAUUCCAUAGUUUCACAGCAGGAAGAGGAACUCCGUUUGCAGAAGAGGGCUGCAAAGCUCGAGAGAAAAUUGCAACAUGAACUAAACUCCCUUGCCGAAUUGGAGAUGAAAUUUGAGGGGAGCUUUACUGCAGGAGAUGCAAACUCAGAUUUGAGCUCUAAGCAUCCUUUGUCAAUCAAGCGCGCUAAACUUGAAGCCUUGAAAAAGCGGGUGGAUGAUGAGAAGGCCAAGUAUACAAACUCUGUUCACACCACACAGGUCAUGUUUCUGAACAACCUACAGACAAGCCUUCCUAAUUUAUUUCAAGCUUUAGUGGAAUUAUCCAGCUCUUAUUCCCAAACCUUCGAAGCUGUUCUUAAUCGCGCCACUCCAUUAGAACAUGAAAAUGGCUCAUUAAGCUCCUCACUUGAACCCACAAUCGCAAGUUGAAGGUCACCAUUUCCUUCUCUACUCGAGCAUCCUAAUUAUGAUACUGCUUAGCUUUCCAAAUGCCAAGUUUGUGGCAGUGAGAGCUAGGAAGUUGAUUUAUCCACAAGAAAGAUUUCAAGAAAGUUUGCUACAAACUAGUAGCUAAGUGUACUCCCUCUAUUUUCGUCAGUAAAUUUAGUAUUUGAUCUA